UCCACCCUUCAACAACAACAACAGCAGCAGCAGCACGAUGGCAUCCCGCCUGAAGACAAAAUUAAACUCCUCGAAAUGUCUCUCGUGGCCAAACGGCCCCCGCAAUUCCCAGGCUCUAUUUACGACGCGUCAGACUCAUUAUUACAACCUCUUCAAACCCUCUUUAAAUCCAACAACCUUAAAAACGUCGAAAAAAAAAAUGAGGAUCCUGAUGAAGUUGAUGAGGAAAUGAUAAUGAAGGCGUUGGAGAUAAGGAGGAAAGUGACUGCUGAGAUAUUCAAGCAGGCAAUGAGGAAGGGUAAAUUUGGAAUCACAUAUUCUACUAACGUGACUGAGAGGUUGGCUGAUUUUAUUGAUCAUGUUAUGAUAAAGGCUGCGGCUUUGAAGAAGUUACCUGAGUUUGCCGAGUCCACGUUUAAUGUUCGCGCUAAAACUGUUAUAGAAGACUCUAAUGUUGUGCCACUUAUAAGGUGGUUGAAACAUAAUGGGCUGUCUUAUCCGAAAAUUGCGAAACUAAUAUGCAUGUCAAGAGGGAAUAUUGAGUGCAUAAGGAGGCUUGCUGAGUGGCUGAAGUCAAUUCAUGUGAAGGGUGAAUUUCUUGGGGUUGCACUCCUGAAAUCGGGAGGGAACGUUUUGGAGCGCAGCCAUGAAGAAUUAGGUGAGAUUGUUGACUAUUUGGAGAGCAAUGGAGUCAGAAGGGAUUGGAUGGGGUACGCCAUGAGCCGGUGUCCGCAAUUAUUGUCUUACAACAUUGAGGAAUUGAAAACACGUGUGCAUUUUUACUUGGAUAUGGGCAUGAAUGCAAAUGAUUUUGGCACUAUGGUCUUUGAUUAUCCUAGGGUGCUUGGCUUUUUUAGUCUAGAAGAGAUGAAUCAAAAGGUUGCUUAUCUAAAGGAGUUUGGCCUUAGUACUGAAGAUGUUGGAAGAUUACUAGCAUUUAAGCCACAGUUGAUGGGUUGUAGCAUUGAAGAAAGAUGGAAGCCUCUUGUUAAGUAUUUGUACUACUUUGGAAUUUCACGAGAUGGUAUGAAGAGAAUGCUUGUGAUCAAACCAAUGGUUUUUUGUGUCGAUUUGGAAGCAACAAUUGUUCCAAAGGUGCAAUUUUUUCAGGAUAUAGGUGUUCGAGAUGAUGGCAUAGCCAAUAUGCUUGUAAAGUUUCCUCCUUUACUAACAUACAGCCUUCACAGGAAAAUUCGGCCUGUGGUCAUAUUCUUGAUGACCAAAGCUGGAGUCAGCGAAAGAGAUAUUGGUAAGUGUAUAGCUCUGGGACCAGAGCUCUUGGGAUGCAGCAUAGGGAAUAAGCUUGAGGUCAAUGUGAAAUAUUAUCUGUCACUUGGCAUAAAAUUUCAGCAACUAGGAAAGAUGAUUGCUGAUUUUCCCAUGCUACUACGAUACAAUAUUGAUCUGCUCCGUCCAAAGUAUCGUUAUUUAAGAAGAACCAUGGUCCGUCCUUUGCAGGAUCUCAUCGAGUUUCCAAGGUUUUUCAGCUAUUCUCUUGAAGAUCGAAUAAUUCCAAGGCACUGGGUUAUGGUGGAGAAUCAGGUUAAUUUUAAACUGCGAUAUAUGUUGGCUUGUUCUGAUGAAGAGUUCAGACAGAAGGUUGUAGAUAAGGUGGAAGGACGCCGGUUAUAUGAACUAAAUCUAAUGAAUGGAGCUCCUACCGAUUCCCAAACAGCUGAUGUCUCUUUUAGGGACGGGGAGGUAGUUGAUUGUUCUGAACCUCAAGCAAAUGAUUCAAAGGAAGAAAGACUUUGAUAGUGAGAAUUCUCAAAGCUGCUUAUCUGGGUGAAUUAGAAGUUUGGUGCUCACUGUUUCCAUCUGUAUAGACCUCAUCAAAUUUUCAAUGCAUAUAUCUUUUGCCCUUCUCCGGUUUCAACAGGAAGCAAAAGUUCAUUACUAAAAUGUAAAUGGCAUGUAUUUAAUUUCAAAUAUUGUAAAAGAAUAGAUUUGCACUAAGAUAUCAUCAAAUGUUGAACUCA